UGCCGCCGACCCUGCCGCAUCCCUGUCUAUGGUUUCUCCCUAGAGCUUUGCCUUUGGGGGUAGCUGCUGCGGCUCUGUCUGCCCCACGCCUUAGCGACAUGGAGGAAUUCGACUCUGAAGAUUUCUCCACCUCGGAGGAGGACGAGGACUACGUGUCAUCGGGUGGAGAGUAUAGUGAAGAUGAUGUAAAUGAAUUAGUGAAGGAAGAUGAAGUGGAUGGUGAAGAGAAGACACAGAAAACCAAAGGGAGAAAAAGAAAGGCUCAGAGCAUUCUGGCCAGGAAGAGAAAACAAGGUGGCCUCUCAUUAGAAAAGGACGAGAAGGAUGCCAGUGAGGAAUCUGGAGGAAGAAGUAGUGAGGAGGAAGAUGUAGCUGCAGAGCAAGAAAAAGGCAUUGAGUCAGAGGAUACGAGGAAAAAGAAGGAAGAUGAACUAUGGGCCAGCUUCCUCAAUGACGUAGGACUAAAAUCAAAAGUGCCUCCUUGUACACAAGUUAAAAGAGGAGAGGAGGCUGAAGAGACAAGUUCAAGUAAAUUGUUGGUCAAAGCAGAAGAGCUAGAGAAACCUAAAGAAACAGAAAAAGUUAAAAUCACCAAGGUGUUUGAUUUUGCUGGUGAAGUCAGGGUGACUAAGGAAGUGGAUGCUACAUCUAAAGAAGCCAAAUCCUUCUUCAAGCAAAAUGCGAAAGAAAAACCCCAGGCUAAUAAUGUCCCUUCAGCUCUACCGUCACUUCCUGCCGGGUCAGGGUUAAAAAGGUCAAGGGAUAUGAGCAGCCUUUUGGGGAAAAUAGGAGCCAAGAAGAAGAAGAUGAGCACACUAGAGAAGGCCGAGCUGGACUGGGAGAGCUUCAAGGAGGAAGAGGGCAUUGGAGAAGAACUAGCCAUCCACAAUCGAGGGAAGGAGGGGUUCAUUGAACGGAAAGCUUUUCUAGACCGAGUGGAUCACAGGCAGUUUGAAAUCGAGUGAGAUCUCAGGCUGAGCAAAAUGAAACCCUGAUGUGAUGAGGAACCUACAGCAGCUUAAUCCUGUUUACAACGUGAGCAUUUUGUGCGUCUGUGAAAUGUUUCCUGUGUUUCCCAUUGACUGUUUCCCAGCAAAGUCUUUUUCUCUACAUUGA